AUGAACAAGGCAUCAGAAGAACAUUUUUUCGACACUAACGAAGAUUAUGAAAUGUUAACACGUGCCAUUAAUGUGCUCAAAUAUCAAGAAGAACGUGCACGCGAUGACAUUGCUACACUGAAAAAACGAAAACUCGAGGCUCUAGAGGACCCCAUAACAUUUGUCGAAAAGUUACGCGAUGGGACAAAUAAAAAACUUCCGAAACGCCAAAUUGUCUUUAAAUGCCCCAAUAUCAAAUGGAGUAAAUACACUUGGCCAUCAAAAAACGGUACAACUUCAAAUGAUGCGAAAUUAACGCCAUAUGGAAUAAAAUACAAAUCAAAGAUUCCUAGUCUUGCGCGCUCUUCCGAGUUGAUGGAAGAAGUUUUAAAGGGAGCAGCUGAAUUAGGGUUAUACCCUGAAGAGACACCAGCCGAUGAAGGAUCAGAUAGAGAAUCAGAAGCGGAAACUCCUUUAUCAGCUACAGGAUUAUCAAAUUACGGAGAUGAAAGUAAUAGGAAUACUAUUGCCACUGCUUCUACCGCCGCUUCUUCGACCGUUCCUUAUGGCAAGGGUAAAGGCAAGAAGAUGUUGAGUGCUCUUCUAUCUCCAGCCGAAGUCAAUAGCAAAGGUGCAAAAAGAUCCACAGUCGAGUCAUCUGAUGGAAUCAAAAAAAGACGGAGGGAUUCUUCAGCACGGAAUCCUAAUGGUAGCGGUGAACUUGAAGUUAAUAAUAAUACAGCAGAAAUCGACAGCAUGGAACGAGGAAAGGGUAGCAUAGUAAAUUAUACUCAAAAGCCACAAACAUCAUUAUCUUCUGCAUCCACCAAAGUAAAUCAGAACUCAAAUUCAGAGACAUUAGAUCCAAAACCCAAUAAUCAUAAUAUUCCAUGGACGGAUGAAGAACAACAACGAUUGAUAGAACUCUUGGCAAUUUAUCCAGACGAAGAAAUACAAUCACAUCGAUUCAAAAAGAUAUCUAAAGCAUUAGGAACACGAACUCCCAAACAGGUUGCGAGUCGAGUACAAAAAUAUUUUAUAAAGUUGGCUAAAAAUGGAUUGCCGGUGCCUGGUCGUAUGCCAAAUCUUCAAGGCCGUGUAUCCAAAGUCAAAGCCUCCAAACCGCCAGUUGAGCAAUCAUCAAGGCGACCGAGAGUAUCUGGGAUUGCCUAUGAACAAGCAUUACCACCUCCCACAGUGUAUAUGGCUGAAGGUGAUGAUGAAAGUGUUAUCAAGGAGAUGAUGAUUUCAAUUAAUAAUAACGAAAAGAAUAUCGUGAUGAAUAAUGACAAAGAGAGGCCAUCGCCUUCAUCGUCUUCGUAUUGGAAUGCUGAAGAUUCGAUGGAGGAUGUAAUUGAUAAUAUACAUCGUGGAUUCAGUUGUGAUAGUUGUCUCAUCGAUCCAAUCAUUGGCACACGAUAUCAAUGUCUAGAUUGUAAUAACUCAAGUCGCCAGGUGGAUCUUUGUGAAGAUUGUAUGAAUCAAGGAGAUUUCGAGAAUGAACACCAUAAAAUUACACAUCGUUUUACAAAAUUCACAAAAUACAUCUCGAAUAGUAAUUCCCAUGAUUCGAAAGAGUUAGUCGCGUCUAAUGAAAAUCAAGGGAAUAAGUUUCAGACGUAG